CCCCACAAGCUCGCCGCCCCGCCACGGAAGCCUCGUCGCCGGUCGCCCCGACCUCGAGAUCCGCCGCCGCCAUGGGAGCCGAGCACCGAGCUCCUCUGCGCCCCGCCCGCCAUGGGAGAUCUGAGGCCGGCCGGGAGGCGGGGAUGGGGCGCCGGUGGGCCCCUGGGAUCUGCGCGAUGGCGCUGCUCUGGCUCGCCGCGGCCGCAGCCGAAGAUCCCGAUCCCGACGAGCUCGAGCGCGCCGCGACAACAAUUCUUCUUCCUCAAAGCAUAUAUUUUCUCCAAGUGAUCAACAAAGUGUUUGGUCCAUUUGGAAGGUACUUGAUGCCUCUUGGUCAGAAGAUGAUGGCGAGUUCCUCAUUCCAAUUGAGUUUAUAUUGUGUAGGUUUCUUCGUCAUGAUCUGGAUUGCCACAGUCAUGUUCAAGUCCAAUGAUAUCUUGCGCAAGCAGACCGCUCUCAAGAUACUUGUCCGGCAAGCUGCUAUGGUGGUCAAGUGUGUGCUGCCUAGGAAAAUAGAUAUUUAGUUUUAGGUCAUUUCUUGUAAUUUCAGAUAUGGAGUGCUUGUCUUCAGUUUUUGUUUUUUACU